AUGGAAAUGAAGAUGUCUACACCUUCGAGCAAUUUUAUAAGACAGAUUGUUAUGCAAGAUAUACUAGAAGGAAAGUUUAAACAGAUUAUCACAAGAUUCCCUCCAGAACCGAAUGGAUAUCUCCAUAUUGGUCAUGCAAAAUCAAUUUGCCUUAACUUUGGAUUGUCCUCAGAAUUUGGUGGUAGAACACAUUUGCGAUACGAUGACACUAAUCCUUCAUCUGAGAACCAAAAGUAUGUAAAUAGUAUAGCUGAGGAUGUAAAGUGGCUUGGUUUCGAUUGGGGAUAUCACUGUUAUUAUGCCUCAGAUUACUUUGACCAGUUAUACCAAUGGGCAGAGUUUUUAAUUGAGAAAGGCUCAGCCUAUGUUGAUCAUCAAUCAGUUGAGCAGAUUAGGGCUACAAGGGGCUCAAUUACCGAACCGGGUGUAGAUUCCCCCUAUCGCAAUAGGACAGUUUCUGAAAACUUGAAACUUUUUAGAGAUAUGAAAAAUGGCAAAUUUAAAGAUGGCGAGUGUGUACUAAGGGCCAAAAUAAAUAUGAAGAGUGGUAAUAUGAACAUGAGAGACCCAAUAAUCUAUCGAAUAAUGCACAUACCACAUCCAAGAACUGGCAAUAAAUGGUGUAUAUAUCCAACUUACGACUUUUCACACGGCCAAUCUGAUAGCAUAGAGUUAAUAACCCAUUCCAUUUGUACAUUGGAAUUUGAGCUACACAGACCGCUAUACGAUUGGUUUCAGGAACAACUUGGCAUAACAAAAACUAGACAAAUAGAGUUUGCCCGUCUGAACUUAACGUACAAUGUAACAUCCAAACGAAAACUGUUAGAGUUGGUAAAUGAAAAUUUUGUUUGCGGUUGGGAUGAUCCUAGGAUGCCAACAAUCUCUGGUCUAAGAAGAAGAGGCUGUCCACCAGAGGCUCUUGUGGAUUUUUGCAAUAGAAUUGGCGUGACAAAACGAGAAAAUACCAUUCAGGUAGAGUUGUUGGAGAAUUGUAUUAGGGAAUUCAUGAAUAAAACGGCCAAAAGGUUAUUUGCGGUAACUAAGCCUCUUCUGGUUGAGAUUGAAAGUUUUGGUGAAUCGGAGACAAUUACUGUGCCUAAUCACCCAUCAAAUCCAAACUUCGGCACUAGAGAAAUUUUAAUGGAAAAAUACAUAUAUAUAGAAACUUAUGAUUUUCAAUUUGAACCAACUAAAGAUUUCUACCGCUUGUCACCUGGGAAAGAAGUUAGACUUAGAUACUCCUACUGGAUAAAGUGCAAAGAAGUGGUGAUUGGUGAUGAUGGUCAAAUAACUAAGUUGAUAUGUACCUACGACCCAGAAACUAAAAAUGGAAAAGCGCCUUCUGAUGGAAGAAAGGUUAAAGCUACAAUACACUGGAUUGCCAAAUCCAACGCUGUGGACAGUGAAUUUAGGAUGUACAAUAGAUUGUUUAUAUCGGAGGAAAUAGGUGAUAAUUGGCGCGAUCAUAUCAAUCCAAAUUCACUAAUCACACAUAAAGGAUUUGUAGAGUCACACGGCACAAAUUGUAUUCCUGGUGACCCAAUUCAAUUUGAAAGAGUAGGAUUUUUCACUCCCGAUCCAGACACAACCAACGCUAAACCAGUUUACAACUUAACAGUUUCAUUAGUGGACAGUUCUGUCGCAGAUAAAAAGAGGAUUGAAGCUGAGAGGCGGGGACGUGUUGCGGCAGAGAGACAUAAUGUCAAGGAAGCCCGGGCCAAUAAGGCAAAGGCUGAACAUUAA